UGGCUACUGGCUUCCGUCUUGAGCCUGCGGAAACGAGCUAGAAAGAGAGAGCGAACGAGGGGGUUGAUACACAGAACUGGGUGAUCGAACGGAUGAGAGUGCGAGGGGAUAGUACGAGUAAUUAAAUAUAAUAUAGCUAGCCACAUUGUACGUAGCUGCAUAUUAAAAGAAGAGGCCUGUGGAGAUGGGCGACAAGGCUGGCACAAGUUGGCGACCUGUCCAAGAGUGUAUUCCUGCCUCUCGCCCAGUGCCUGCUGGGAUUGGCUCCUGCACCCCCCGCGACCCUGACCAGGAUGAGCAGGGUCUUUAAGAAGUCCAGCCCCAAUUGCAAGCUCACGGUAUACCUGGGGAAAAGAGACUUUGUGGAUCAUCUAGACCAUGUGGACCCAGUGGAUGGAGUUCUGUUGAUUGAUCCAGAAUAUCUUAAAGACAGAAAAGUGUUCGUGACCCUGACAUGCGCAUUCCGAUAUGGGCGGGAGGACCUGGACGUGUUGGGCCUGUCUUUUCGGAAGGACCUGUACAUUUCCACCUUCCAGGCCUUCCCCCCCCUCCCAGAGGAACACAAGCCCCUCAGCCGGCUGCAGGAGCGACUGCUGAAGAAGUUGGGCCAACAAGCACACCCCUUCAACUUUACUAUUCCUCAGAAUCUGCCUUGUUCAGUCACCCUGCAGCCUGGCCCGGAGGACACCGGCAAGGCAUGUGGGGUAGACUUUGAGAUCAGAGCUUUCUGUGCCAAAUCUGUGGAAGAGAAGAUUCACAAAAGGAACUCUGUGCGGCUGGUGAUCAGGAAGGUGCAGUAUGCUCCAGAGAAGCCCGGCCCACAGCCCAUGGUGGAGACCACCCGCAGCUUCCUCAUGUCCGACCGCUCCCUGCACCUGGAAGCCUCCCUGGACAAGGAGCUGUAUUACCACGGGGAGCCCAUCAGCGUGAAUGUCCACGUGACCAACAACUCCACCAAAACCGUCAAGCGCGCCAAAAUCUCUGUGCGGCAGUACGCUGACAUCUGCCUGUUCAGCACCGCGCAGUACAAAUGUCCUGUGGCACAGGUGGAGGCAGAUGACCAGGUGUCCCCCAGCUCCACGUUCUGCAAGGUGUACACUCUCACCCCGAUGCUGAGCAACAAUCGGGAGAAGAGGGGCCUGGCACUGGAUGGUAAACUCAAACAUGAAGACACCAACCUGGCCUCCAGCACCAUAGUGAAGGAUGUGUCCAAUAAGGAGGUCCUGGGCAUUCUGGUUUCUUACAGAGUCAAAGUCAAACUGGUUGUGUCACGUGGAGGGGAUGUGUCAGUGGAGCUGCCCUUUGUCUUAAUGCACCCAAAACCCUCAGACCAGCCCAGCUCCAGGCCACAGUCAGCCAUUCCUGAGACAGACACCCCUGUGGACACCAACCUGAUAGAGUUUGAGACAAAUAACUUCUCUCAGGAUGAUGACUUUGUUUUUGAGGACUUCGCCCGUCUGCGGCUGAAGGGAAUGAAGGACGACAAGGACGAGGAUGACCACUUCUGCUAAGUCUCUCCCCAAACGGGCAGCGGGCCAACCGGGGUGAGGGGUGUUCAGGCAUGGUCAAUAGCCAGUGGGCCAAUGUAGUUAAGUGGGUGUGGUCACUUAUUUUGAGCUACGAUAUUCUUCUCUCCCUUCCUGUUUUUGCAUAUGUGAUGACAUUGUGGAUUUGUCUCUGGUUUUCAGCCCUUGUACCAGUGCACAUGUGAGAAACGGAGAGAAAUGGGGAUAUUUUGGGAGGUGAAUGACCAUCACUGUCAAUUUUUAGCUGGGAGGGGGGAUUUGUUUGAGGGGAAAUUUGUUUAUUUUGGUCCCACUUUAUAUUAAGUGGGCAAUAUACCUAUGUAAUUGCAUAAGUACCAUGUAACUUCAAUGUAAGAAUGCAUUGUUACACAGUAACCAAUGUGGAACACAAGUUUGCAAUUUAUUUAAUUACACCUUAUUUGAUUAACCACACCCCUUUCCCUAACCCUACCUCUAACUUUAACCUCAAUGCAUAACCUAACCUCAAGCCCAGUCUUAUGUAAUUACAUACUUGCAUAGCAGUUACACAGUACUUACUUGCAGAUGCAUAUGUUACUUCUAUGUAUAUGAAUUGUACAUGUGUAAUUACUGCGCAUUUACAAUGUACUUGGUGCCCACUUAAUGGAAAGUGUGGCCUUUUUAAUCGGAGAAGAUUAACAAAACAACAGCAACACAAAGAAGACCACAGAGGAAGAGGAAAUAUUUUUGUCUUUUUAUACCAUCCAUUUGUGACUUUUUAGAAUGCUUGUAGAGACUUACAGACUCAUCCACGGUGACCCACAGAGAGGAAGAGGAAGACUAGAGGCAGACAGGAGACACAGAAAGGGCAUGAAUGUGCAGACUGACCUGUGCCAUAUGCAUUCGCAAACACGGAAAAACACAUUCAAACAGCGCCCCCUUCUGCACAGACGUGUUUUGACACACACAGCAGGUUUAAAGUGGCUGUGCUUUGGUGUAUAACAAAGGUUGCCAUGACAGUCUGCCUGAAUGUUGUAGAUUUUAUUAUUUUUUAAACGUUUUUAAUUAAUUUGUGAUUUGCCAAAAGGUGCUUCAGGGGAAGAGAAGGAAUAGAAACAAAUUGCUAAUGUAUGAUCAACCUCAUCCUCAACAAGAUACCUGCACAACAUAUACACACACGCACAUGCAUACGCUGAACCUACUGCAGCCCUGUCCAUUAUAAGAACCAAGUCCAGAAACUGACAUGGGAUUUGACUGUGCAAUCUCCUCCAAAAAUAUUUUUUUCAAGUAAAGUUUUCCAAAAUUCAAAAAAUAUCUAGCUUGUUGAUUAAUCGAAUCUAAUGAACAGGUAUUUUAUUUAACCCCAUGUGAAAAUGUCCAAAAAUUAAUUCCACUAACUUCAGAAAUGGAUGAUUUAAAAGGAUUGGGUUUUGUGCUGGUGCACUGAUUUGUGAACCAUGGCUCUCAAAAGUGUAUAUGAUUUUGUAUAUAUAGGUGCAUCAGAAAGGCUCUUUGGCUCUGUGGCCCCUCUCCUCCCUGUGUUUGUAAGUGUAAGUGCUGCCUCUGUGGCUCUGUUCAGGGUUUCCUUUGCAGUUUUAAUUGAUUUUGAUCGCAUGCAUCUUGCUGUGACCAUCUCAGAAAGCCAGCAACCAACACUUCUGCUACACCAUUGAAAAGGGUGGGGAGGGAUGUGAAGGGAAAACAUAAAAAAAAUAUAGCUACUAUUAUUGUUAUGUUACUAUUAUUAUUGUUGUUAUAAUCAGCAGAGAUAUACAAAAAAAGUUGACAUUUUAUUUUUUGAUUUUUAAAGUUUCAUUUUAUUUUUUAUUAAAGGCGAACAUGGACUAACCUGAA